AUGGCAGAUACAGAUCUCAUCGCAUGCCUGUAUCCCUUUGUGGAUGAGGAUGUUGACGGUCGGGAGGCGAAGAAAGUGAUCAAAGAAAACGAGAACCGACGCGUCCCUGCGCGGCUGACCGAAACCGAGCAGCCGCAGCUCAGUCGCUGUUCGAGGGAGUCGACGCCGCUCGAACAGCCGCGCCAGAAGGUGCCGGCGUACUUUCACCACCCGGGCCUCGAAUUUCGGUUCAGCCGCGGCCCGCAAACCUCUCACGGCUUCGUGUUCGGGCGGGACAAAAAUUCCGACGUCGUCCUCAACUGCGGCAUACAGUCUCUCAGCGCCCACCACUUCGCCCUGACGUUCGACGACCACUACCGCCCGAUCAUAAAGGAUCUGGGCUCAUUCAAUGGAACCGAAGUCACGUACGACAAGCAAGGCAAAGGACGGCGCAGAAAUUUCGUCUGGAUCAUCGGCGGGCACGACAUCCCUCGAGAGAAGAAGGCAAUCGUCAUUACUAUCAGCCCGAACCUCAAGUUCCAGAUCGUCGUCGCUCACCACGACAUUACUUCACAACAAUAUAUCGACAACGUCAACCGGUUCCGCCAGGGGACGGCUGACGCGGAAAAUCUGCUCGGCCGGCUCGAGGUUCGGAGCCGUCCGCAAACCGAGCGUGCCAGUGGAGCGCACACGCCCGGCACUGGUCCCAUCGUCCUAAGGAAGAAGCUCGGCGAAGGCACCUUUGGGGUUGUGACGCAUCUCUGGAAUGUUAGCACCGCAGACGAAUGCGCCCUUAAGGAGCCAUCAGGGCAGGCUAUCCGAGAGAGAAGGGUUGAGGUUGAUGCCUGGAGAAAGGAAGCUCGCAUUAUGGGGCGUGUCUCGCAUUACGUCCAGGGCGGGACGCUGCGCGACUAUACAGAUCUCUCCACGGGCGAAUGCCUACAGAUCCUGCGUCAGUGCCUGUCGGCACUCGUGUACCUCCACGGACACAGGCCGCCAAUCGUUCAUCGGGACAUCAAACCGAGCAAUAUCCUUGUGCAACAUCGACAUGCUGAUGACAUCCAUGUGAAACUUGGAGACUUCGGUCUCUCAAGAGAAGGUCCCGAUCCGACAACCAUGUGCGGCUCCUGGCUAUACGCUGCCCCUGAGGUGUUGGAGGAAAUGGACAACAGAAAGGCAGCUCAUUACGACAGAAGGAGUUACACUCUGGCCGUCGACAUCUGGUCUCUUGGUGUGGCAGUCUUUGAAUGCGCCUGCCAUCUUCCAUGCCGCACAGCCACGGGGCUCCUUUGGUGCAACGAGAUUGUUAAGAAACUCCGGCAAGAUCUCAGUCGCAAUCCCGAUGGUCUGAAACAGUUCUUGUGGGACGCGAUGGUGAUCCUGCAGCCGGAGAUGCGAUGGACGGCCCAAGCCUGCUACAACCAAGUUCUGCUCCUUGCUAAUUCGGCCCAAGAUCGCUGUCUGACCCCGACCCCAUCUACUUAUGCACAAGGGCAUCAACAACCAGUGAGCCAGGGCUCCGUUGAGGACCAGCAAACCGUGCUUCUUCAAGAUACAGAUACGAUGACUACGAUGACUGCAACCUCGCAGAGCCGUUCCGUAGAAGACGAUUCGGCUGGGAUUAGAAGGCAUAUCAGGUCAAAUGGCCCGGGGCCCGAAAGCAUUAUAGCACCAUCCACCGGGAAGAGGGCAAAGGAUUCCUCGUCAUCCAGCGGUAGAUAUACAAAGCGGCAAGCUGUGAGCAGUCACCCAGCACUGCCCGAGUCGCCGCGGCGUUGUUCCGAGGUGUGGGACGCGCUCCAUCCGCUUGGUGGUGGAUCCUCUCUCGCUGCAAUCCUCAGACAAGAGGUGUCCAAUUCGCACGCCUCGACCAUUCGAACCUCUACGCCGUGGAGCUUACAGGAUCUAGCGGACAACAGCCCAAUUGGGGUUCAGCUGUCGGAAGUCUCCUUACCGGACCUUGAUCCGUAUCUCGCAGGGGGAGAUGCUUUUGUGUUAGCUGGCACCCAAGUUGCCGCAGUUGCUCCAACCGACAGCGAGCAGGAAAUGGCUGCGAAACUACUCCUUGAAAUCGCUGGUGGCGUCAGGUAUUGA